AUGACUUCUUGCAGCGGCAGCGGCUGUGGCUCCACACAGGUGCAGGCUGCUCCCGAGGGCGGCCACCAGCGCUACGGAGUCCGGUCCUACCUGCACCAGUUUUACGAAGACUGCACCGCCUCCAUCUGGGAGUACGAGGAUGACUUCCAGAUCCAGAGGUCACCCAGCCCGUGGAGCUCUGUAUUCUGGAAGGUCGGACUCAUCUCGGGCACAGUCUUCGUGAUUCUCGGACUGACUGUUCUGGCAGUGGGCUUUCUCGUGCCCCCCAAGAUCGAGGCGUUUGGCGAAGCCGACUUUGUGGUGGUCGACCGGCACGCCGUGCAGUUCAACGGCGCCCUCGACCUGUGCAAGCUGGCAGGGGCCGUGCUCUUCUGCAUCGGGGGCACGUCCAUGGCAGGGUGCCUGCUCAUGUCGGUGUUCGCGAAAAGCUACUCCAAAGAAGAGAAAUUGCUUCAGCAAAAGUUUAAAGAGCGAAUUGCCGACCUCAAGGCCCACACCCAACCCGUCACCAAGGCACCGGGCCCAGGGGAAACCCAGAUUCCAGUCACUUUGUCCAGGGUUCAGAAUGUCCAGCCUCUCUCCGCAACCUGA